AUGCAGCAAACAGAUGAGGAAGGCUGCAUGAGUCACCAGAUGCAGCAAACAGAUGAGGAAGGCUGCAUGAGUCACCAGAUGCAGCAAACAGAUGAGGAAGGCUGCAUGAGUCACCAGAUGCAGCAAACAGAUGAGGAAGGCUGCAUGAGUCACCAGAUGCAGCAAACAGAUGAGGAAGGCUGCACAAAUCACCAACACAUUUUUGUAUGCUUUCUUUAUUUUCCCACCAUCUAUAUUUUCAUCAUCUUUUUUCUUUUUCAUAAUUGUUUUCCUCUUUUUAUCCCCCCCCCUCUCUCUCUUAUAUCUCUCCUUAUCUUUUUAUUCCCCCUCACUCUUCUAUCUCUCCUGCUUAUCUUUUUAUUCCCUCUCCCCUCAUUAUCUUUUUACUCCCCUCUCCCCUCAUCUUUUUUACUCCCUCUCCCCUCCUUUUGCUUAUCUUAUCCCUCUCCCUCCUAUCUCUCAUUUUGCUUAUUUUAUCCCCUCUCCCUCAUUAUCUUUUUACUCCCCUCAUCUUUUUACUCCCCUCCCCUCCUUUUGCUUAUCUUAUUAUUCCUAUCUCUCAUUUUGCUUUAUUUUAUUCCCUCUCCCCUCAUUAUCUUUUUACUCCCCUCUCCCCUCAUCUUUUUUACUCCCUCUCCCCUCCUUUUGCUUAUCUUAUCCCCUCUCCCUCUCCUAUCUCUCAUUUUGCUUAUCUUUUUAUUCCCUCUCCCCUCAUUAUCUUUUUACUCCCCUCAUCUUUUUUACUCCCUCUCCCCUCCUUUUGCUUAUCUUAUCCCCUCUCCUCUCCUAACUCUCAUUUUGCUUAUCUUUUAUUCCCUCUCCCCUCAUUAUCUUUUUCCCCCUCUCCCCUCAUCUUUUUUUACUCCCUCUCCCCUCCUUUUUUUUUAUCUUAUCCCCCUCUCCUAUCCUCAUUUUGCUUAUCUUUUUAUUAUCCCUCAUUAUCUUUUUUUUUAUCCCUCUCCCUCCUUUUGCUUAUCUUAUCCCCUCUCCCUCUCCUAUCUCCCAUUUUGCUUAUCUUUUUAUCCCCACUCCCUCUUCUAUCUCACUAAAUAA